GUGCAUUAAAUGACCUUAAUAGGUUACAUGUUAUUGUUACAGAUGAUCUGUGAUGCUGACUGCCCUAUCACAAAUUUAGAGGCAAAGUGGCCUGGCUCGGUCCAUGACUCCAGAGUCUUUCGGGCCAGUAGAAUUUACCAGAGACUCUCACUAGGUGAGUUCUCUGGUGUGCUGCUAGGAGACAAAGGCUAUGCCUGUGAGACAUUCCUGUUGACCCCCCUUGCAGACCCCCAAACUCCAGCACAGCAGGCUUACAACCAUGCCCAUGCCAGAACGAGGGCUCGAAUCGAAAUGACCUUCGGCCUCCUGAAAUCACGAUUUCAGUGCCUGCACCACCUGAGGGUCUCCCCAGACAGGGCCUGUGACGUGACUGUUGCCUGCACAGUGCUGCACAAUAUUGCCAGCCUAAGAAAAGAAAGGGCUCCCAGAGUUGCUUUGGAUAUUGUCUGGGACAAUGCUGCCAUCUUCCCAGAUAACAUAAAUGGUAGACUGGUCAGAGAACAAUAUAUAGCAAAUUAUUUCAGUUAAUUUUGUU